AAUACUUAAUUAAUCACACCACUUAUGAACCUUUGUCGCCAACUGUUAGUCAUGUUCUUCACGUGUUACCGGCUUACAGCACACAUCUCUUUUGUGGUUCCCGUAUUCUUCUCAAGCAAACACUGAAAACACUACUCCACUAUAUGUCAGUAGGUCGCACAUUUACAACACAUUAGUUAAUUUCGUGGAUGAGGUUUAGUAAUUAUUCUCUGGAUGGAUAUAUCUAAAAGCUAUUUUUUCUCAAGUCCAAUUAUCACAUAGCUAAAAGUUCAGUUGCCUAACUUUCUAUAGAGUGCGUUCUUCAACAAUGAACACUUGUUUUUUCUUUGAAGAAUCUCGAGAUAUAUUUUAAGCAGUACAUGUUAGAAAUAUUAGGUCAAUAGCAUGACUAUCUUUCUGAAAUUGGGGAUAAUUCAAUGGCAAACCAUGAGAAUAAGAUGUUAGCCAUUUGGUACCAAUGCUAUUGAUAACUGCGAAGAUUUGAUGUAAUCAUGUAGACUACCAUCUCCAUAAAACGAAGCAUGCUUAUUUUGGAGAACUAUGUUCAUGCGUCCUUCUGCAACAGUAUGGUGGAGCAUGUGGCUUGGCUACGCGCAACAUGAUAUCUAUCAGUGGAGGAUUGAGUAGCUGCAGCCAUCUUACAUGGAGGAACUAACAUUGAAAGCAACACAUGCGAUUCAUACAUGAAGCCUCCCAUUUUGACACUGUAAUUCUUGUGCAAUUUGAUGAUCAGAUAAAAUAUAAAUUUAUAUGCAAAUUGAUAUGCUAGCUGUAAUCCACAUAUUUCAGUAGUGCAUGAUCCACUUGCUAUUCCACUAAGAUUGCAAAAACACUGAGCAAUCGGGGGAUAGCAGAAGUUGAGAGCCCCUAUAUAAUGAACAAUAAGGCCACAGGGUUGCCACAAUUAGAGAAGUUCUUGUUAACUCCGAUUGAGACCAUGGCAAUAUCAGAAAUGUCAGCUCUUUUCUUUCUAUUUAGUGCUUUGCUAAGAAGUUCUUUGGUCCACAGUCAAGGAUUGCAGAUAGGGUUUUAUGAUAAUAAUUGCCCUGAUGCUGAGGACAUAGUCAGGUCUACCGUCGAAAAGUAUUACAACAAUGAUGCAACCAUAGCCCCAGGCUUGCUCAGGCUACAUUUCCAUGACUGUUUUGUUCAAGGAUGUGAUGCGUCAGUUUUGAUUUCAGGUGCAUCCUCUGAGAGGACUGCACCACAGAAUUUUGGUAUCAGGGGGUUUGAAGUGAUAGAUGAUGCUAAGUCCCAGUUGGAAGCCGUAUGCUCCGGGGUGGUAUCCUGUGCUGAUAUAUUGGCUCUCGCUGCACGCGAUGCCGUUGAUUUGACCGGUGGGCCAAGCUGGUCAGUCCCACUGGGACGGAGAGAUGGAAGAAUUUCAUCAGCUUCAGAUGCCAAAGCCUUGCCGUCUCCGGCUGAUCCUGUAUCUGUUCAGAGGCAAAAAUUUGCAGCUCAAGGCCUGACGGACCGUGAGCUCGUAACACUAGUUGGUGCUCACACCAUCGGGCAGACGGACUGCAUCUUUUUCCGGUACCGGCUCUACAACUUCACGGCGACGGGGAACGCGGACCCGACGAUCAGCCCGUCGGCGCUGCCGCAGCUGCGGGCGCUGUGCCCGCCCGCCGGCGACGGCUCCCGGCGCGUGGCGCUGGACCUGGGCAGCCCGGGGGCGUUCGACGUGAGCUUCUUCAAGAACGUCAGGGACGGCGGCGCCGUGCUGGAGUCCGACCAGCGGCUGUGGGGCGACGCCGCGACGCAGGCCGCCGUGCAGAGCUUCGCCGGCAACGUCAGGGGGCUCUUCGGCCUCCGGUUCAGCUACGAGUUCCCCAAGGCCAUGGUCAGGAUGAGCAGCAUCGCCGUCAAGACCGGCAGCCAGGGCGAGAUCAGGAGGAAGUGCUCCAAGUUCAACUAGGUGCAGUAGCCCAGUCGACAGUGAAUUUUGUGAUCGAUCGAGUCACCUGUCCUGAAUGAUAUUGAUAUAUGUACACAUGCUGUUCUUCUCCCAGUACUUCUGCAUGCCAGGGCUUGAAGGCUUGCGUGCAUGACGUGCAUGUGUUCGAGAACCCUGUAAUUGAUUAGUGUGCACUGAUGCAGUAUUUUGGCUGGGGAAGUAUGGUUGAGAAUUUGAGAUGCAGGUUUAACUGCAUUUUUUUAAGACAAUGAAAUAACAUCAUGUGUUUGCUUCAA